UUAUUAUAAAAAAAAGACGAAGAAAAAACGCAUCGUUUACUUCCAAAGAAAGACGUUAACAACUUUGUUAAAAACUAAAAAUGGUAAAACUAACUGCAGAAAUUAUUCAAAAUUCUAUGCAAUACAUAAAUCCAGUUAAAGAUAGAGAACUAGAUUUAAGAGGAUACAGAAUACCUGAAAUUGAAAAUUUAGGUGCUACUGGUGAUCAAUAUGAUACAAUAGAUUUUUCCGAUAAUGAUAUCAGGAAAUUAGAUGGUUUUCCUUUUCUACAACGAUUAAAGUGUUUACUUUUGAACAAUAACCGCAUUGUUCGUAUAGGGGAACAUCUAGAAGAGUAUAUACCAAAUUUGGAAAGUUUAAUAUUGACUGGAAAUCAAAUUGAAGAUUUGGGUGAUAUUGAUCCUUUAGUUACUUUAGAGCAACUUUCUACCUUAAGUUUAAUGUUCAACCCUAUUACAUCUAAGCAGCACUAUAGGUCAUAUGUCAUAUACAAACUUCCUCAGUUAAAAUUGCUUGAUUUUCGAAAAAUUAAAUUGAAAGAAAGAGAAGAAGCUAAAGCUUUGUUUAAAAGUAAAAAAGGAAAGGAUAUACAGAAAGAGAUUGCUAAAAAAGCAAAAACAUUUGUACCUGGAGGUUCUGUUAACAAUGUAGCUAGGAAUAAAGGUUUGAAUGAUGAAGAAAUCAAAAUGAUAAGAGAAGCUAUCAAUAAAGCCAGUUCGUUACAAGAAGUAGAAAGGUUACAGAAAAUACUACAAUCUGGUCAAAUUCCUGGAAACAUUUUUGAUUCACGAAAUCAAAAUGGAGGGACCUCGAUGGAUUACGAAUAAUUAUUUUUUUUCUAGGAUUUACUGAUUCAAUUUUUGUUUGGUAUUCAAACUGAUAAGAACUUUGUACACACUGCGGCGAUAAAAUAAAACAAAUUAUAACAAAAAAGGUUGAGAAGCGAUUUUUUUUUUCAAUUUUUCCACAGAUAUAAUUUUUCUACUUCAUCUGUCACAACAUAUGACAAAAUUAACAAAUCCAUAUAUUUUAGGUUUAUUAAUGUCAAAUGACAUUUAAAACAUAACCUCUAAUAUCACUUCAACUUCUAUAACUACAAUUCCCCCCACUGUUAAUACUUCUGUCAUUUUUCCCAUAUAUUAUAAUGUAUUUAUGUCAUGUACUUCUUUUCAAACUUUGCAUUUUUUCUUAUUUUCCUCAUAUUUUUAUCCUAUAAUUGGGAUUAAAUGCGAUUUUUCUGGAAUUCUUCUUUUUCAUUACGUUUGAUAUUUACAGUCAUUAACCUAACUUUAUUUUUUUAAAUGGAAUAGUACCACAUUUUGUUUGUUAAGGGUCGUAACAAUAUUUGAAAAUAGUUUCUUUUGUAGGUUAAUAUUUCUUCUUCUUUUCCUCCUAAUUUUCAUCCAAUAAAUAUGACGGCGAUUUUUUUGCAUUUCCUAUUUAUUAUUACGUUUCACGUUGACAGCUAUACAGUUAUAUAACUUCUGUUAUAAAUGUGAUUAUGUUUAAUUAGGGUCGUAACAUAUUUUGUGUGAUUAAAAAAGCUUUCAGAAACAUCAAAAUUUUUGAUUGGUAUUUUAAUUACCAAAGUAAACAUUUGAUUUGGUAUGAGUAUAAAUCGAGUGAAUAUUUAGAUAGUUCGUAAAAUAUUAACAAGGUUUUUUACAACAAUUCUGAAUAGAGAUAUAAAGAAUAAUCUAGAUUAUAAC